AUGUGCCACUUUCAGGUCUCCUCACACUGCUGGUGGGUUCCAUUUUGUCAUAGGGUGCUGGCAGAUUACGGGCCUCCCAUUGCUGCUGCCAGGCCCGUAAUCUGCCAUGGGCCCCCAUACCGCCUCCUCAUGCUGCUGCCAGGUCCAGAGUCUCUCAUGGGUCCCUGUACGGCCUCCCAUUGCUGCUGUCUCCAUCGCCACACUCUGCCAUGUGCCACUUUCAGGUCUCCUCACACUGCUGGUGGGUUCCAUUUUGUCAUAGGGUGCUGGCAGAUUACGGGCCUCCCAUUGCUGCUGCCAGGCCCGUAAUCUGCCAUGGGCCCC